AUGUUCGGACAGUUCGCGGCCUUCGCCGCUCUCCUGAUGGCUGCCCAGGCCCAACGCUUCCCCGGCGAGGACCUCAUCCUGGCCGAUUGUGGCAUUGGCGACAACCCCCAGCACCCCAAGUGGUCAACCUCCCGCCAGAUGAACUGGUACCAGGACAUCAAGUGGCCCGAAGAUGCUUACAAGUACCCUGAUGCACCUGACAUGGCCGUCGAGGUCCCCUACAGAAACGGAAAAUACCCUUGGAUCCCUGAAGGUGCCACUGCCAAGAUGCCCAACGGUGUUGUCUGGACCGUCUACAUCGAAGACAGCACUCCUGAUGGCUUCAAGGCUGGUUCCGCUGUCACCACCAAGGAGGGUGGCCAGAUGCUCAACUGCUGGGCCUACCGUGGUCGCCCUGUCAGUGCAUCUCUCAACAAGACCGUUAACCCUGAAGCUGUUUGCUGGUCUGCCUUUGUGUGCAACCGCGACGACGAGCCUCCUUCCCGCCCCGACGACAUGGGCUCUCAAACUUCCUCUUUGACAACAGACCCUGCCCCUCCUGCAACCACCUUUUCCUCGCGACCACCUGCCACUCCUGUCCCCUCUCCCACUGGUGGCGAUCCAGCACCUACUCCUGACCCCAACACUGGAAAGCUGUUUGUCGCCGCCUCGGUCAGCCCUCGUUUCCUCAACUGGCCCAACACCUGGCAGGCGUUCACCGAGAAGUUCUCCUGGGAUCAAGAGUCCGGGAAGUGCAUCGCUGAGCCCAUCAAGGGAGAUGGCUAUACCAUCAACAUCGAAUGUGCUGGCAUUCAGAUUGAUUCCGACUCCCACCUCACCCUCAUCAUGAUCAAGGCUCUCCGCGAUGUUGGCAUGAACAGCACCUGGUUCAACCAGAACCCCACUGUCCCAGGCCAGAACCAGAACAACUCCACUGCUGAGCACUGGGUAGUCAUGCCCGAGGCCUUCAACCUCCAGGUCGUGGACGUUGCUCAUCAGAACAUCAUCGGCUACCUCGGCUACAACACUACCUAUGACAACUUCCUCAGCGGCGCCUGCUCGACUUGCGAGACUGGCCGAUUCAACAAGCAGUUCUUUGACCCAAUUCUUGCUGCGGUCAAGGGUACCUACCCCCUGUACAACAGCUACAGUGUCCAAGCUGAGUGCAGCCCCUGGAUGGCAUGCCAGUGA